UUUUUUUUUAUACAUUCCAACUUCGUUACUAUAUCCUACUCAUUUUAUCUAUGUGGUUUUUACAAAUAUUUACUCUUAUUAAAGAUAAGCUUCAAAAACAAAUGCUUUUCUUCUUUUUUCUUUCUAACCUCCUUCCCUUUUUUUUUUAUUAUAUACGUUCUUCUGACCUUGAUCUUUUUACUAUAACACCCAUCCAUCUAGAAUUACCGUUCUUUCUUCUUCUCAUACUUCAUAAUUGGUAUCCUUGACAAUCGUCAUUACUGAAUAUAUGUCUGAAAGAAAGAAAGAAGUCUAGAUACACGAAGACUUGAUAAUCUAAAUAUAGGAUCAAUAGGAUAAUUACGCGAAGUGGCUAUACAUCUGAAUCAGCGGAAUGGAUAGAUAUACAAUAGGAUCACAGAAUGAAACGAAAUAAAUACGUGCUAUUGUCAUAAGGUGUGGAAAACAUGGAUGAACAGGAUAUAUUAUAGGAUCCAAC